UGGUCAGUAUUUUUAAAAUGUUCUUAUGGUUGUGAAACAGAUUUGAUCACUUUGGACCGAACUAAAUUGACUUGCUGCUUGCUAUGUUUUUCUAACUGGGCAAAAGCAUUUUGUCUAUUUCUUUUAACUUUUAUUCAUCGAUGCAAUGAAGGAUAGUAAAGAAAGGAUAAUGUUAGACCUGUUAGGGUAGAGUGACAGCUUUUGAAGCAAAAGAUCCUUGACAUUUUUGUUAUGUGUGAAAAUUAUUCCGUAAUUUUGUAGACAUGGAUUUAGACGUUAUUACAAAAUACUCCGCAUUACAUGCCAAGCCCGGUGGACUCAUUCUUCAAUAUGGGACUGCUGGAUUUCGAACAAAGGCAGAACAUCUUGAUCAUGUCAUGUUUCGCAUGGGAUUAUUGGCUGUCCUGAGGUCAAAACAGACAAAAUCUACGAUAGGAGUCAUGGUAACUGCAUCACACAAUCCUGAGGAAGACAAUGGUGUAAAAUUGGUUGAUCCUUUGGGUGAAAUGUUGGCACCAUCCUGGGAGGAACACGCCACCUGUUUGGCAAACGCUGAGGAGCAGGAUAUGCAGAGAGUGCUGAUUGGCAUCAUUGAGAAAGAAGCAGUGAAUUUGCAACAAGAUGCCUUUGUAGUUAUUGGUAGAGAUACCAGGCCCAGCAGUGAGAAACUUUCACACUCUGUAAUAGAUGGCGUGACUAUUUUGAGAGGUCAAUUCCAUGAUUAUGGCUUGCUAACAACACCCCAGCUGCACUACAUGGUGUACUGUCGAAAUACCAGUGGCCAGUAUGGAAAGGCAACUAUAGAAGGUUACUACCAGAAACUCUCUAAGGCUUUUGUGGAACUUACCAAACAGGCUUCCUGCAGUGGAGAUGAAUAUAGAACACUUAAGGUCGACUGUGCAAAUGGUAUAGGGGCCCUGAAGCUAAGAGAAAUGGAACACUACUUCUCACAGGGGCUGUCAGUUCACGUAUUUAAUGAUGGGACCAAAGGGAAACUCAAUCAUUUAUGUGGGGCUGAUUUUGUGAAAAGUCAUCAGAAACCUCCUGAGGGAAUGGAAAUGAAGUCCAAUGAAAGAUGCUGUUCCUUUGAUGGAGAUGCAGACAGAAUUGUGUAUUACUACCGAGAUGCUGAUGGUCACUUUCAUCUCAUAGAUGGAGACAAAAUAGCAACGUUAAUUAGCAGUUUUCUUAAAGAGCUUCUGUUGGAGAUUGGAGAAAAUUUGAAUAUUGGUGUUGUACAAACUGCAUAUGCAAAUGGAAGUUCAACACGGUAUCUUGAAGAAGUUAUGAAGGUACCUGUCUAUUGUACUAAAACUGGUGUGAAACAUUUGCACCACAAGGCUCAAGAGUUUGACAUUGGAAUUUAUUUUGAAGCAAAUGGGCAUGGCACAGUAUUGUUUAGUAAAGUUGCUGAAAUGAAGAUAAAACAAUUAGCAAAAGAACUAGAAGAUAACAAAAGGAAAGUGGCUAAGAUGCUUGAAAACAUUAUUGACUUGUUUAACCAGGCAGCUGGUGAUGCUAUUUCUGACAUGCUGGUGACUGAAGCAAUUUUGGCUCUGAAGGGCUUGACUAUCCAACAGUGGGAUGCUCUCUAUACGGAUCUUCCAAACAGACAACUCAAAGUUAAGCUUUACAGAGGACUUUCUGAGGCUAGAUGCUGAGAAGUGGAAUCUGUGGGCACGAUGUAAGAGAAAUUUUUUUUAAGGCAUUUGAGAUAAGUUGCUAAUGGAGUUCUAUUCAGGUUUAUACUAGUUUACACUUUCACCAGUAGAACUGGUGAAAAUUAGAGAUACUAAAGCCAGAAUUCUCAGAAAUAGCUACUGAUUCUUCAGAUGAGUUUUUGGCAUAUUUAUCAGGAAUCAUGACCCUCUUAUAUAAUAGGCAUUUUUUUUUAAAAAAGGAUAAGUGGCAACCUAAGGUUAUUUUGAAAGGAGCUCUGGUGGUACAGUGGUAAAGUGCUCAGCAGUGAUUUGAACCCACAGGAGAAAGAUGUGGCACUCUGUUUCCGUAAAGAUUACAGCUUUGGAAACCCUACUGGGCAAGUUCUACUCUGUCCUACAGGGUCACAGUGAGUUGGAAUCAAGUCGACGGCAAUCGGUUUUAAGGCUGUUUGAUCACUGGCUUUACUGGGGUCCAAGGUAUGACAAUAGGACUUGAAAUUUUAUUGGCCAUUACUUUAGUAAUAAGAUGGGGAGAAAUGAUUUUACAGCUGAGAGACGGUCUGUGGAAAUGUUCUUUUUGCUAAAGGUAAUUUUUUAUAGACCAAAGAAAUGGAAGUUAUUCAAAUGUUGAAAUUAAUAAAACUUUAGCAAAGGAUGAAAUUCUAUUAAAACUUUUAAAUCUGGUACUUUACUAUCUCAUUGUUGUACUCUGUGGUACAACAAGCUGAGAGGUCUGUUGUGUUAAAAUGAAAGGUCCCUAUUCUUUUAGUGGAAAUGUAAUUAUGCUGAACAGGUGAAAUUUCUUAAAGGAAGUUAAAUUUGGUAAUAAAUACAAAAUACUUGUGCCUAGGUUGCAGACAGGCAAGUUAUUAAUACCACCGAUGCUGAAAGACAAGCAGUUACACCCCCAGGACUACAGGAGGCAAUCAAUGGC